AUGUCCUCGCUGUUACGACUUGCCGGACUUCCGAAUCCAUUGCCAUCCAAGCUACUGCUCGUUCUGAGAGGAGUACCUGGAAGUGGAAAAUCGUAUUUUGCGAAUCAACUGGCUGCAGAAUACCCAUACGCAAAGCUAUUGUCGUCCGACGAUUACUUUUUUGAUCGAGAUGGAGUAUAUGACUUUCGGCCAAAGCUUCUCGGAGAAGCUCAUCAAUGGAAUCAGAACCGUUGUCGAGAAGCACUGAUCUCGUCAGGGACUCCAUCUCUCAUCAUUAUCGAUAACACGAAUACACAGCUAUGGGAAGCGAAGCCCUACGUUUUGGAUGCUCUAGAAUUCGGACAUGAGGUCCUGUCUCUCGAGCCUCAGACAGAAUGGUGGAAGACAAGAAACGUGGAAGAGAUGGCAAACAGAAAUCAACAUGGUGUUCCGCUUGCAGCUAUAGAACGUAUGGUGGAUCGUUAUGAGGACAACUGGACAGUGCAGAAUGUGCUGCAGAGCGAAGCUCCAACACGCCGAUAG